GAUGAACUCAGUGUCGUUUGACAGCAGUUGUGAAAUGUUUUUCUAUCGUCCAGCUGUGUGAACACCCAUACACAAAACUCUCAGUGGCGGUACAGACUUCAUUUCAAAAGCUGGUUUUAAGCUCCAAGAGAGUCUUUUCUCUUUCAAAUUAUACUUUGGGUUACAGAACUCCACGUACAUUUGGAGAGUAAAUGUGUCACUCACUCAGAGGUCACUGUCAGGAGAGCUGGGAAUGGGACCCGGACAGUAAAUCCCCUGAUGCUCAUGUGUCGGUGUGCCGACAAGCCGUGUAUUUCCACAUCAGCCCUCUGCUGGACAGUCAGGGCACUGCAGGCGUCAGAGGCACCAAAGGUUUUACUCAUGGUGAGCAUUACUGGGAGAUUGAGUUCCUGGAGCCUCCUUAUGGAAGCUCUGUGAUGGUGGGGGUCGGUACCCAAAAUGCACUGCUGCACACAGGAGACCAAACGUUUGUCAAUCUCAUAGGCAUGGACAGUGAGAGCUGGGGUCUGUCAUAUAAAGGCUAUAUCUGGCAUAAAGGAAGGAGCCGGAAAUACACAGAGGCUUUUUAUGAAAGAAACACAGUCAUUGGGGUUCUGUUGGACUUAAGCGCAGGAACACUGACGUUCUCCCGAAAUGGAGUAAACCUUGGGGUGGCCUUCACUGGCCUGGAGCAGGUCGGCAAGGCUUUGUAUCCUCUGGUGAGCUCGACUGCUCCAGAAACUGAGCUUCAGCUGGGGUUGAGAAGCCAGAGAAUCUCCUCUCUGCAGGAACACUGCAUACACAUCAUCACACAGUCACUUUCACAAGGUAGACGUGCAAAGGGACUGCCAUUACCCGCAUCUCUACUCUGUCAAAUACACACACAUGCUCUUUUAUAAGCAGGCAAUGGCCUGUUUCUGAUUUAGAAAAUGCCAUGAAACAACGCAGAACCUCCAGUGCUACAGAUGCGUUAUACUAUGCAGCUUACCUCAAGUUUUAUUAUAUAUUUUUAAAAUGUAAAUUGAAGAACAAAAGUGUUGUCCAAAGAUUUUAAGAGCCAAAAUAAAAGUGCAAUGCAGCAUUACGUUUUAAAUGCUGCUCUACAGCCAGUUCCCAGUACUGUCUCAGAGACGUAAUCUUUUUUCCGCAUGAUUUACAGAGAUCAACAAAAAUGUCAAAGAGCUACAGAGACCUGGAAGGGACGUGAUUGUGUGGGGGGAAACUGGGUGGAAGUGAAUGCAGACAUUUUAAUAUUUCAACGUGCUUUCAAGAUUAAAAAUAUGGGAGAAAUAAGGGAAAAUACUUAUUGAUAGGAUGAUAGCGGGAUAGAAUGGUAAAAUCGGGAUAGAAUAAAAACGGGAGGGUUGACAUGUAUGAAGUGAACAGUGUUUGUGGAAAAACUGUUUUGAAC